AGGUCAAUUGCAAGGCAUAGAAACAGUAGAAACUGGCAGCAACACGUAUGGCACAAGGCAAAGGACACUUUUAAAGGCAUGAAAAGUGCAUGCGCAGGUUAACAUACAACUCACCCAUCGGCGCACAUUAUCCCAAGUACUCACACUCUCGCUCAGCUAAUUACCUCUGUAGUAAAAUAAACCUGAAAAAUAAUCACCAAACCAAAAAACCUGAAUUCGGCUUUGUUUUGCAUUUACACGCUUUCUGGUCUCUCCCUAACUUUCAUGUUCUAAAACCGAAAAAAAAAAACACAUCCCUUUUGUUUUUUGUUUUUUUUUUUCUUUCGUGUCCUAAAACUCUCACUAAACCCCGCUCCACCACCGCCACCACCACCGCCAUCGUCCGUAAUUUCCUUCGCUCUUUCACACCUUCUCCAAUCUCAAAGCUUAGAUCUUUCUUCUUUUUUAUUUUCUUUGAGGUUUUGUGUAAUGUAAGUGUUGCUGUGUCUGUCCUCUUUCUAAGAAAAUGGCGGGACAGGUGGUGAAAGUCAAGAGGGAAAUAAUAGAGGCAUGCAUGACAUGUCCUCUUUGUAAUAAGCUUUUAAGGGAUGCCACUACUAUUUCUUUGUGUCUCCAUACGUUCUGCAGGAAGUGCAUAUAUGAAAAGCUCUCAGAUGAAGAGGGAGAUUGCUGUCCUGUAUGCGAUAUUGAUCUUGGCUGCCUGCCAGUGGAGAAACUGAGGCCAGACCAUAAUUUACAGGAUAUUAGGGCCAAAAUAUUUCCUUUGAAAAGAAGAAAAAUUAGGGCUCCUGAAGUUAUGCCUUCAAUUGCAUUGCCAGCAAAAAGAAAGGAGAGAUCAUUAUCAUCUUUAGUGGUUAGCACUCCCAAAGUGCCAAUGCAAACUGGUUUUACAGGAAGGAGAACUAAAGCAGGUGCAAGAAAACUUGUUCCUUUACGUUGCAAUUUUACUGCUGACGAAUCCAAUAAAAAGGAAGAUUCUCUAGAAGAUCAUCCAAUGAGCUCAAGCUCUCCCGAGUCUCCUAUCGGAGUUGUACAAAAUAAAAGGCAGGAUUCUUCUGUGGGUGAGCCUCCUAAUACACAAAGAUUUAAGGAAGAUCUAGAGGAUGAUGUGGAAAUAAUAGAAGGCAAAGCAGAUUUGUGGACUCCCUUAAAUUGUCUAGUUGAAGCUGCUAACAGAAGCAAGUCCUCUAAGUCAAAUUCACAAGGGCCAUCUCUUCCCAAAUCAGAACUGCUCAGUGGUCCUGAUGGUGAUUCUCAGUUACCUGGAAUAAAGUUCAGAGCAGAAUCUCCAAAUGGCCAUGUCAGUGAAGUGUAUAUGCCCAAAACCAAAAAUAAGGAGCAUGGACCGGAUUCAAAAGUCCAGGAUGAUAAGAAUGGAACAGAUUUGCUUCAUGCAUCAGUAAAGCGUAGAAGAUUAACUGCACGAAAGAGGGCUGCUAUGUCUGAGGAGUUCAGUGCCUCAGCACGAGUUAUGCUAGAUGCUGCAGGAGCUAAAAACAACAGAAGAAACUGUCCAAUUUGGUUCUCAUUAGUUGCCUCUGAAGACCAGAAAGGAGAUGCUUCCUUGCCACAGAUAUCGGCAGGUUACCUGAGGAUUAAGUGGAGAUAAUGUGCAGGGGUCAGUCGGUUCUUCCAACGCUGCAAUUACACAACUUGGUAGACUUGUGGUUUCGGACAGCAUCAUC